GCCAUUAAACUUUGUGCUAGUCCGUCGCUCAAAACUAAACAUGGAAAAAACAGCACGAUGCUUCCACAUUGAGCCUUGAACCUACAGUUCAUAGCAUACAGGUAAAAAAAAACAACCGAAAUCCCGUCUUUUAUGAGGAUGUAUUGAACCGUUACAUAUUUCUGUGAAUUGAUUUUAAUGACGUCGUUGCCUGAGCCUGACUGACUUCUGCAAAUCGAGUUUUUUUUCUGCACUGACUGAUGGCUGCGGCUGCGCUCAACAGGUGUGCAGUGAUCCGUGAAUUGUCUUUAGUAAACUCGCAACGUGUGGCCACAAUGUACAUGUAUUCUGCUUACACCGCAAGUACAGCACACGUACAUGUACAUUAUAAGCAAUUAUCCAACAUCUCUGCGUAAGCUGUGUGGUUGGACUCAACACAGGUGUGACACGAACUGGACAUUGCAUUUCCAGAACGACGCAUUACUACAGAAGAAACACCGAUUCUACAAGCCAUCACCAUGAACAUUUUUUAGUUAUAGCCUUAUACCACUAAUUAAGAUGCAGAAAGUUUCUGGAAUAUUUUCCGGUGAAAUCUGACAAAACUUGCAGUGUGCCUACUGCUGGACAUCUGGGAUACAUACAACAUCAACAACAUCUUAACUUGAGCACUCCUUGUAUGUAGCAGCCAGCAGCAUGGCAAGGAAUAUCCGAUGUGUACUGUUUGGACUUGUCGCUGUAUCGGCAAUAUGUCUACUUCUCUACGGUAGAAGAAGUGGCACGCUAGUGAAGAGUGUCACGGCAGUGAGUCGAGAGGGAGUUCGACAGAUUACACAGGACAAAAGUAACACCCAAGAAGAACUGGGGAUUUUCUCCAGAGGCACGAAUGUCAGUAGUGAGGAAUCGUCGUCGUGUCCACCGUGCAACCGCAACCCUACUUCCAUCGACCCCGUGCCCAACGGCGUGGAAGAGCAACCUGUAGUCGGUGAUGACUCGGUCCCUGCGGAAGAUACUCGCAGCAGUGAUCCACCGGGAUCGCGUAUUGUCGUGCUGACAUCAAUGCGGACUGGUUCCUCGUUCAUCGGUGAAAUAUUCGGCCGAAAUGACGACAUCUUCUACCUUUUUGAGCCCGGCCUAGCACUGCUCACAGAGCUGCAUUCCAGGGGAGCUCUUUUCUUACAGCCAAUGUAUAUUGAUAUGUUGAGGUCACUCUAUCAAUGCAACACAUCUUCUCUGGAUUUCUACAUCAAGUGGUUGUCUAGGCAGCCCCCACUCGAAGUCAAGAAAAAAGUCCCACGAAUUUUUGACUCACUCUGCUACCCGUUUGAGACGGGUAGAACGGGGCUGAAGUGCGACGCCAUUCCCGCAGAGAUCUUUGAGAGAAAAUGCCAAGAGAAGAGACACAUUGCGAUAAAAUCUAUCCGUAUUUGGGACAUCGGGAUGUUUCUGUCACUGAUACAAGAUAGUAACGUGAAACUCAAGGUCAUUCAUCUCGUCCGAGACCCAAGAGGAAUGACUGCAUCGCGAGUUCUUGCCAUGAAUGUCGUUGAGAACACAUUCAACAAAUUGCAGGCGGAUUCUUUCACAGAUGAAAUGCGAUCGUACUUGAUGGAGUUCUGCUCCUAUAGCAUCGACAAUAAAGAAAUAGGGUACUACCUCCCCAAGUACAGAGACAACUACCUUCUACUGAGGUAUGAGGACAUGUCAUUGGAUCCAGAGAGAGUCACCCAACUCAUCUACAACUUCACUGGACUUGGUGCUGUCCCUGAGACAAUAUCUAAAUGGAUCGCUGAGAAUACCCAGGCUCAUAGACCUGGAGUAUACUCGACUACCCGAGUGUCCAGCCAAGUGUAUCAGUCGUGGCGUACUAAGUUAGACUACAAGACCGCAAAGGCCAUCGAGAAUGUUGGACGCUGUGCUGAAAUGAUGGAGCAUUUUGGAUACCUCCCCGUGCGGGAUGAGUCGCAUCUCAAGAACCUGUCGUCUCCCCUCCUCGCUCCAAUUCCACCACCUCGUGAUUCUUACAGGUAUCAGCCAUAAAUCAGUGAUUGUGAUAAAAAAAGGCUGUUUUGGUUGCACCCAUCUUGAAAUCAUAAUCAUCACCUGAAGUUUUAGAUGAAGAUCUGUGUUGAAGGUCGGCCAUUUGUAGGUCAACUUCAUUUUUGUGUGAAUUUCUUGAAACUACACAUGUACUGUUGGAAGAAAUAUAGCACGCAGCGUAAUUCGGUGAAUAAAAUACACGUACAAUUUUAUUGUUAACAAGGCAUGAUAUACAAGGUGUCCCAAUAAACAUCGUGCAAGAAGAUUUAGCAAUAGCUGAUUUUCUCAAAAGUUGGUCAGAUCAAAUUUGGUUUGCAUGGUUGAAUCUUCUUGAUUUGUUUUCACAAAUUAUAAACAAGACCAUAUUUCUUGAAAAUGCUAUAAAAUUCGAUCAGCUAGUCGGACCAACGUUUGAGAAAAUUCGAUUAUUUUUUCAUGCACAAUGUUUAUUGGGACACCCUAUAUACAUACAAAUUAUAUAUACAUGUACAUGUAAUUUGCCUACGUUACAUCCGUAUAACCAUGGAGCUAUAAGCAUAUGAAACUUGAAUAUGACCUCUGACCGAUAUUAUUCCAAAGUGCCGCCUAAUUUGUCAAUUGUAUCAAGAAUAACAAGAGGUACACGUAUUUAUACAAAAAUAAGAUUGCCGAGUAGUUAUUACUCAAAGUGUGCUUUUAGUUUAAGAGUAAUCGCAAGCAAAUAUUGUGCAUGUUGUGUGGUUUGUAGUACAUGACUGUAUACAGUCGGGACUGGCAAAAUAUACUCGUCUAAACCGAAAUAUCGUCUUAACCGUGCUCGUAUUAACGAGAUCCGACUGUAUACUGUUUGGAAACUGCUCUGUCACGCCAGGAAGCUCAAUGUUAAUGAAGAGGGAUUCUGUUUUUAAUAGGUUUCCAAUGAUGCAUGACAGAAUCCUGGAGCAAAUAGUAUUUCAAAAUAGUUAACAAGGUCAAAAUUAAGUUGACCUCCAUUUUGUGACCUUUCGACAGACAGGGUAUUGAUCAUAGGGGCUUGUAUAUGAAUCGAUGGCGCCUCAAUCGGAAGUUUGUGAUGAUUUCUCAGGAAUAAAAUGUUUAUAACUUAUUAAGUCCAGCAGUAUUCGUUUCUGGGUGCCGUUAGGAUGGGGUUCGAAGGGCUGGCACCCAUAAAUGAAACGGUGGGAAAAAUUCACGGACGUUGUACAAAACACUGCCUUCAACUUCAAUGACAUGGUUAUAGAAAUAGUGUAUAAAUAAUAUCUUUUAAAAUACCUUACGAUGAUUCAAAGUUUGUUUUUAAAUUGCCUGUUUCAAACGCAGUGGUACACCCCUGAUUGAACUGCUGCACAUGUACAUGUAUAUUUCUUCCCUUACAUGGUGUAUUUCCAUUAGAGUGAAACUACAAACUCUAACUGAUAUCCCACCGAUUAGUACGGCAGAUGUGUAGGGAUUGUGCCUUAAUCUGAAUAUAUUUAUACAGGGCAUGGCAUAGCACACGAGUAUGUCACCCGAAAGAUAUUGGACCAUAGGGCAAUCGCAGAUUUGUCCUUUGAACAAAUAUAUAGUUAUAAUAACAAGCAAUGGCAGCCAUUUGAAUAUUCUAUACCGAAGAAUAAACUUGGCCAGUAAACCGAAGAAUAAACUUGGCUAGUAAACCAAAGAAUAAACGCACAGUAAUGUGGGGCUAAUGACUUCAUCCUGUUUUCCUCUUUUUGUUAUGGAAACGAAUAGAGGAAAGUCGACGACAUAUUUAAAGUGGUGCUAUAUAUUGUCUAAUUUGACUUUUGACGUGACCGUCCUGCCGUCUGCCUAGACUCGCAGGGUUGCUGACUAGAUUGAUGUACAGUGAAAUCUCGAUAAGUCAAACUCUGAUAACUCGAAGCCCUCCCUUUGCUUGAGAGGUCACCACUGGUAAAAAUUUUCUUCCUCACCUCCUGGCCUACUGUGUACAAACCAAUGGGGGUCUUGACCAAUAUUGACCCAAGUACCGGUAAUAAGCAGGCUGACUCAAACAAAGAAUCCAUUCCCUUCAGUAGUACAAUGAUUAUACAACCCUCGACUAAACUCUGCUCAAGUCAGAUUGUGAACCUGUUCCCUUGAGGUUUGGCUUAUCAGGAUUUCACUGUACUUGGUUACUUAAAUUAAAGUACUGUACGUGUAAUAAUGCUUUUCUGGAUUUCGAUUGCUUGUAGUUAAAACCAAUGUCUUUCUGUAGUGAGUCGUGGUAGUUUUAAUCGUGUAAUAAGAGGUUGGUCUUCAAUGUGCAUGUAGUUGUAAUAAAGUUGCCUAUUAAAGGCGGACAAAGAAAU